AUGAAGGGAAUCCAAGAUACGUUGCGGCGCAGACGAACAUCCCUUCGCCGGCGGCUCUCCCACAGUCGACGGCGCUCCUCGUCCCAGAGCCACGACACCGAAUCAUCAUGGAAUGAGACCGGCGCUCCCAAGAUUCUGCUGACUGCCAGCACCCUGUACUUUGACCCCAGCGUCUUCCAGCGGUUCAGAGAGGAGGGCUACGACAUCGCAUAUCUCCCUCAUGCUGCUCCCCCCAAGCAAUACAAAGACCAACUGCAGAGAUUCGCGGAUGUUCUCGAAGAGGAGGAUCGAUAUGCAAUCGUUGCGUAUGGCGAAGCCGCUGCCGUUGUCCUAGAUGCUUGCAUGUCCGCAAUGCCUCGACUAUGCGCGGUUGUUGCAUACUAUCCGCCUACUAUCCCCAAUGCUACGGAUGGUUUCCCGCCCUUGCGGAAGUAUCAGAUUCACCUUGCCGAGACGCAGCAGCUUUCAGGUAUACCCUAUUGCUACACAUACCACGGGUCGGAUGUUGGAUUUGCCGAACGCGAUUCACCUACUUUCGACCGCGUCAGUGCGCAGCUAGCGUGGAGUCGGACUAUUGCCUGCCUGCGAGUGGGAUUCGAAAUCACAGUCGAUGUGGCUCCGGUUUGGGAGAAUCAUAUGUCGUUGAAACAUGAUGCAAAGGAUGUCGAUGGCACAAUGAACACUUUAGCAGAGGACGCGUACAUCAACUAUGUGCCUGUCAUGACGGGAGGUUCGCCGUCGUCCACCGAUCCCCUGCCCAAUGGACAUUCCCCGUAG